UUCCGGUUUCCGGCGAGCGGGCCAGAGUGAGUGUUUACAACCGGCGGCUCUGCGGCCGGGUUCCUUCCGCGGGACGGGUGAGGGCGCUGGGCCCCGGGCAAGCGCGGAUUCGUUGUGUGUAGCUAGUUAACUAGUCCUACGGGAGCGAUGGGGUCGUCACCAGGCAGUGUCCCUGCCCCACAACUAGCUGUCUGUGACCUUGGGCUUUACCUUUCUGAGUCUUGGUUCCCGUAUCUGUAAACUGCGAAUGAUAAUGUCUGCCUCAGGGAACAGUUGUGAGGAUUAAGUGAGAUAUGAUAUAUUAAAAAGACCUAUUCCUUCCUUUGUCAUAAACUUGGAGGUGGAAGGUACUUUGAGGAUGCUUUAAGGCCAGCUAGGCAGCCUCACAGCCUUUUCUUUCCUCUUCCCUACAAGAGGCCUCUUGGGAAGCGAUGACGACUCUAACAAGAACUUGUCUUGCUUUGCAUGAUUCUUCCACCCACAGAGUUUCUGAUUUAUUUUCUGGGCAUUCAUAUGUGCUAGGGAGAAAGAGAGAGCGCGAAAGAGAGAGGAUGUCUCUCUCAGACUGGCACCUGGCGGUGAAGCUGGCUGACCAGCCACUUGCUCCAAAGUCUAUUCUUCGGUUACCAGAGACAGAACUGGGAGAAUACUCGCUAGGGGGCUAUAGUAUUUCAUUUCUGAAGCAGCUUAUUGCUGGCAAACUCCAGGAGUCUGUUCCAGACCCUGAGCUGAUUGAUCUGAUCUACUGUGGCCGGAAGCUAAAAGAUGACCAGACCCUUGACUUCUAUGGCAUUCAACCUGGGUCCACAGUUCAUGUUUUGCGCAAGUCCUGGCCCGAACCUGAUCAGAAAGCUGAACCUGUGGACAGAGUGGCUGCCGUGAGGGAGUUCCGGGUGCUGCACACUGCCCUGCACAGCAGCUCCUCCUACAGGGAGGCGGUCUUCAAGAUGCUCAGCAAUAAGGAGUCUCUGGAUCAGAUCAUUGUGGCCACUCCAGGCCUCAGCAGUGACCCCAUUGCUCUCGGGGUUCUUCAGGACAAGGACCUCUUCUCUGUCUUUGCUGAUCCCAACAUGCUUGAUACAUUGGUGCCUGCUCACCCAGCCCUGGUCAAUGCCAUCGUCCUGGUUCUGCACUCAGUAGCAGGCAGUGCCCCGAUGCCAGGGGCUGACUCCUCUUCCCGGAGCAUGCCCUCCAGCUCGUACCGGGAGAUGCCAGGUGGCUUCCUGUUUGAAGGGCUUUCAGAUGAUGAGGAUGACUUUCACCCAAGCACCCGGUCCACGCCCUCGAGCAGCACACCGAGCUCCCGCCCAGCUUCCCUUGGCUACAGUGGAGCUGCUGGGCCUCGGCCCAUCACCCAGAGUGAGCUGGCCACUGCCCUGGCCCUGGCCAGCACUCCGGAGAGCAGCUCUCACACGCCGACUCCUGGCACCCAGGGCCAUUCCUCAGGGACCUCGCCAAUGUCUUCUGGUGUCCAGUCAGGGACGCCCAUCACUAAUGAUCUCUUCAGCCAAGCCCUACAGCAUGCCCUGCAGGCCUCUGGGCAGCCCAGCCUUCAGAGCCAGUGGCAGCCCCAGCUCCAGCAGCUGCGCGACAUGGGCAUCCAGGAUGAUGAGCUGAGCCUGAGGGCCCUGCAGGCCACCGGGGGGGACAUCCAGGCGGCCCUGGAGCUCAUCUUUGCCGGAGGAGCCCCAUGAACUCCCCAUUCCUCCCGAGUCCCUAGCAUGUUGUAGAGGCUGCUGCCACAGGAGGCACCCAGGAAGGUGCCUCCAUCUUUCCCCUCCCCAAUAUACCUGAUGGUCAACUCUC